AUAAUUUCUGGAGGUUCGAAAUCAGAGAACGAAACGUCGAAACGAAAUCAUCGUUAUCGUAUCGGAAUCGCGCUCUCAAACACAGCCGAAAUCGGUGAAAUUGGAUGGGGAAGAGAAAAGAGCGCCGCCUCGCCGCUCAGAGCAACGCCGGUCGCCGUGUCAAGCUCGAUCUCUUCGCGGAACCCUCUGGAGAUUUGGGUGGAUCCACUGAACAUGAUGAAGACGGAGGUGAUAAAGAUACGAACAAUCGUGACGGGUUACCCAAUUCACCAACUUCUUCAGGUCAGCAACCACAGAAUCCUCUGCUAUUGCUUGGGCAGUAUAGUGAUGAUGAAUUGGACGAGGAAUCAAAUAAAGAACAUAAUCAUGCCACUCUGGAAAGUUCCUCACCUAAGGAUGAGGUUAAGCAUUUGCCUGAUGAAGAUUAUAAAGAUCUGGAGGUCAAUGUUGGUGAAGACCUUUCCGAACAGGAAAGGGAGCAGGAGUCUAUUCCACCUGAUGUUUCCCAGAAUCUGGAGGGAAGUGAUGAAAAAGACAGUGCUCCUACCAUAUCGGGUGAUUUACAAAAGGAAGUGGAUUUGACAGAACAAAACUCCAUUUCUGUAACAUCUGAUGUACAAGUUAUUGGUGAUGUUACUUUAGGCUGGAAGAUAGUAAUGCAUGAGGAGAGUAACCGUUAUUAUUACUGGAAUAUUGAAACUGGGGAGACUUCAUGGGAAGAACCUGAUGUUUUAGUUCAGGCAACUGGAUUAACCAAUGGUCAGACAAUCCCUACUGUUAUUGAAAAAACAGAGAUUGCUCCUGUGGGUAUGGAUGAGCCCAGCAUCAUUUCAGGUGCAAUAUUAGGUGGUUCUUCAGCUGCUCACCCACUUGAAGGGACCAUGGGUGCCAAUAUGAUUCCUCAGGGAAUAGAAGUUUAUGGACAUGGGUACCAGAUGGAUGAUUGCAGUGAAGCAUACAAGAAUGAGGCUUGGAAAGAUUCAAAUUGGGGCACUGAUGUCAACUCAAGAGAAUUAAGAGCUGGUUCUGAGAAGCAUAUGCAUGAUAUGGUAGCUACUGAAGGACAUGACUCCGGGGUUGCUCUUUCUUCUCAUCUUGUGCAACAGAGUGAGUGUUUGUUACAGAGACUGAAGUCACUUAACGGGUCUGACAAUCACCUACAAGGUCAUGACACGAUCUCAAAGUAUAUUUUGGAAAUCGAGAUUAGACUUUCUGAUUUAAAGUCACUUUCAUCCUAUGGCACAUCUUUGCUUCCUUUUUGGGUACAUUCUGAAAAGCAGCUGAAACGGCUUGAAAGUGUGAUUAAUGAUGAAGUUUCCAAGAUUGCUAAAUCUGCACAUAUAGAUGAAGUUGAGGCAACUAAUGUUUCUGCCUUCAGUGGAAAGGGCAAAUUGCAGGAAAGCAUGGGCCAUGAGCCUGAAGCAAAUGGAACAGAAACUAAAGGUGUUCUUUCUACUUCUGAAAAUCCUGAUGUUCCUACUUAUGUUUACACAUCAACGGUAGUCCAGAAAGUUUCACACAACAAGGAACCUCUUGUAAAUGCUGAACAUGGUUCUUCAUUAAGUUCACCUACUAGAGUUUUAAGAAGUGGUGCUGGAGUUGGUGAACAAGUCAGUGGGGCUGAAUUGGGUGAUGAAUCAACUCAUGAGCAUAAGUUUAAUGCUGCAGAAGAUGUUGACAUGGACGUGGACAUGGAAGUUGAAGAUACAACUUCUUCAGGCGACACAAGUACAUUGGUUGCAUUGAACCCUAGUGAUUUUCCUCCAUUAGAGCAUCCAAUUCAGCCGAAUCUACCUACAGAUUAUCCGUCUUUGGUGUCAGAGGAUGGGUUUACUGUGCCCCCUCCUCCAGAUGAGGAAUGGAUUCCCCCACCCCCGCCUGAUAAUGAACAUAUUCCUCCUCCCCCACCUGAUGAACCACCUGAACCCUCAUAUCCUCCUCCUUCCUACACAGAGACAGAGCAACCUCUUUCUUACACUGGGCAAUACAAUUUAUCAUAUCCGGCUUCUAGUUUUGAAUAUCAUGUACCUUCAGUUGCUCAAGUCCCAAGCAGUGAUUUGUAUGGACAUGCUGAAGGAUCUCAAUUUGCUGUGCCCCAUGCACCAAUUUAUUAUGGCACGGAUCCUAAUACAUAUACUCAGACUGCCACUGUCAUAGUUAACCCUAUUCAGCCUGUUGCUUAUUAUGAGCUUCAAGCUGGAACAAUCCCCUCUGUACCUGUGGUUAGUGGUGUCGAGUCUUCUGGGUUUCUGAGCGAGUCGGCUUCUGUUAGCUAUGACAGCCUUCCUGCUGAACAAGUUGCAUCCGUCGACCCCUUUGUGGGAGUGGGCCAUAAUUCAUCACUAAAUGUGAAUGUCAAUAUUUCUGCUGUUGGGGGUGAUAAGGCAUCUAUAGAGGUUCCUUCUACCUCAGCUUCUAUUCAAGCUCCUGCAACCAUUUCAGGGAAAGAGAGUUUUUCUGUGCCACCAACUGAUCCUGUUGCUGCUGCAGCUGUUGCUGCCACAUCAAUGGGUACCAAGGUUCAAUCCAAGGUUUUGCGCAGUAAAAAACGUACAACUGCAGUUGCCCCAUCCUUGAGGUCUAAUAAAAAAGUCUCCAGUUUGGUGGAUAAGUGGAAGGCAGCGAAAGAGGAGUUGCUAGAAGAUGAGAAAGAACCUGAAGAUGCUUAUGAGAUCUUAGAGAGGAAGCGACAAAGGGAAAUAGAGGAAUGGCGUGCACGGCAAAUUGCCAGUGGAGAGGCCAAAGACAAUGCUAAUUUUCAGCCUCUGGGCGGGGAUUGGCGUGAGCGGGUUAAGCGCAGGAGAGCUAAAUUAGCCAAUGAAGCUGCAAAGACUCCUCCAGAGGCACAUAGUGAUGGAAACCAGCAGCCUGAUUUGAUAGAACUCUCAAGAGAUCUUCCAUCAGGAUGGCAGGCUUAUUGGGAUGAAUCCUCGAAGCAGGUCUAUUACGGAAAUUCUGCCACGUCCGAGACAUCUUGGACCAGGCCAACGAAAUGAGCAGCUAUUAUAAUUUUAUGGCAAUUUUGAGAUGUCGAAGACAGCAUGGACCGGUCCAACGAAACGAGCCUUCAUUAAAAUUUUGAUUAACGUAGUUCAGAAAUUCAUUUACUUAUUGAAUUACUGGUUGUAAUUUUUCAUUGAGUAUAGUUUUUACCCUUGUAUAUCUUUAAAGGUCUGAUUAGGAAUCAAUUUCUUAGCCCAUUCUAUGAAAGCAUAAAGUACACAGUAGUCUUUGUUUA